AUGAUUGAGUGCAUUGGCACCCACAAAGCGAAGGGCGGUGAUGGAGUCAACUUUGACAGGACUUUCUGGGGCCUGGUGGCCCAGGAAAUGGCUUCAUGCACUACAAUUGGUGCGGUGAAGCCAGCGGAUGCUUGUUCGCAGAAAUGGGGUCGGUUGCGCAGCACCUUUCAUGUUGUUGAUAGGGUAGUGCGCUAUUCAGGUAUCGCAUGGAGCACAGAGCACGGUGCUGAUAUCACCCCUGCAUCUGAGAUGGUAUGGGCUGAUCUCGUUAGGGUAAGUACCUACUAUUAUUCACUACUGCUAAUAACAUUGUUGCAAUAUAGGCAUUCCCCCCCCCCGCAAGGCAUUAUAGAUUGA